AUGCAAGAUGUGGAGAGCGUCAUCCGCAUAAGUGGAAUUUACCAAGAAGCCCUACAGUGGGUGGACGGCCAAGAAUGGAAGAAACCGAUUCAUAGGAAAAAAGACAACAAUACCUGUUUACACUCCGCUGCUCGUCGAAAAUUCGCAUGCAACCAUGAUGCUGUGGCAGGGGUCACAUACAUUAUGGACAAGCUACCUCAGAUAGAAUCAAACCGGGACGUAUUGUUAAUCGUGAGCACCAAAGAAGCGAGCAUCGACCUCAUCGUUAAGGACUUUGCAUUGUGGCUAGAAGAACCAGUGCCGAGGGACGUACAGCUCGCCAUUCGCAUGGCCCCAAUGGAGCACCAGACCCUGGGGCAAGAGAAAAAAUGGUUUGAGGUCUACAAUUCGAUGAAGGCCACGGUUGAGAAUGUGAGAAAGGUAGUAAACAAUGUGCGACUACUCGGCGGCGCAAAAGCCGGAGAAUUGGACCACCCACAUCGGUCGUUGGGUACAGCUCUUUAUGAUGAGCAAGGUCGAAUCGGAUUCCAUGGAACCAAGACAUGGUACGCGUGUCAGGAAGUUCUGAGUAAGCGACUGGCCUCCUACAGCAGAGAAACCAAAGAAGGAAUUUGA